AUGCACUCGCCGUCUUUAGUUCUUUCCCUAGACAAUGGCAAACCAAACUGUCUGCGUGACAUAUACAAUCUAUUCUAUGCGUUAGAAGCUCCUGUGCCUACUCCUAGUGCUAUGUAUAAUUCAUACAUGUACUGUCAUCCCACCCAUGCGAUGGGCAACCAUCCUUCCCUCCCCGGCUCUGAGGGCGUCAGUUUUGUGGCAUCAACACCAGCGAGGCAUGGCCGUCAAGGGAACAUAUCAAAACCACAUAUCUUCCACUUCAAUGCACUAUUUCUUCACCGAUCAACUGACCCUCGCGCAGAAACUGCCAGCGACGAGAAACGGUGUUCCAAUACCGCAUCUUCCUGUACAGCCUCAACAGAAGGGAACGUCAAAAUCCCGUACGUUAGUAAGGUCUCCGACGUAGAGCAUCUUGCGGACGGAUUCGAGGACGAGAGCGACGCGGACGUGCUUGUCUUCCUGGUCCAUGAGCCCCCACGCGUGGCGGCAGCCAAUGGUACCUGCCCCCAAUGUGUGUCGUUGCUUCCUCUAAGCUAA